GGAAGCUUCGAGUCUCGACUCCACUGUUGACCGCUAGACGAGAGUAGUGCAGCGACGGGGCCGUGAUGUGCGUCCUGGCUUUCUUAACAACACCUCUCCUCUGUAUUUCCUUUUUCCACUUCCUCUUCCAGGCCUUCUUGUUCUUGCCUUGUGGCAAUAGCUUUGGGGCUUCUGACUGCAGUUCUUCUGAGUGUGCUGCUAUACCAGUGGAUCCUGUGCCAGGGCUCCAACUACUCCACUUGUGCCAGCUGUCCUAGCUGCCCAGACCGCUGGAUGAAAUAUGGUAACCAUUGUUAUUAUUUCUCAGUGGAGGAAAAGGACUGGAAUUCUAGUCUGGAAUUCUGCCUAGCCAGAGACUCACACCUCCUUGUGAUAACGGACAAUCAGGAAAUGAGCCUGCUCCAAGUUUUCCUCAGUGAGGCUUUUCGCUGGAUUGGUCUGAGGAAAAAUUCUGGCUGGAGGUGGGAAGACGGAUCACCUCUAAACUUCUCAAGGAUUUCUUCUAAUAGCUUUGUGCAGACAUGCGGUGCCAUCAACAAAAAUGGUCUUCAAGCCUCAAGCUGUGAAGUUCCUUUACACUGGGUGUGUAAGAAGGUCAGACUUUGAUAGAUGACCACUCUGUCCUGACCCUCAGAUCUUUCAUGUAUCCCUAAAAGGAGGGAGCUGGCCACUGGCUGUUGGGAAAGCCAUGAGUAUAUAGUUAGCAAAUACUGAACUCUCUCAGAUAUGGCAUUAGAUGCAAGACAACCUCCUAGGGAUUGAUGCCUAACUGAUGGAUUCUCUUUGAGACUAUUUAGAUAUUAUGUGAGCAAUUUAAAGGCCAGAUCUAAGCAAUUUUUGAAAUAGAUGUUUGUUUUUUGUAUUUCUCAGUAUGGCAACUAAUGCUGCCACUCUCAUCCCCGUCCCAACCAUCUCUGUCAAAAAUAUACCUUUUUCAUAUGAUAUUCUGAGCUAAUCUGAUAAAAUCUAUGCCAAUAUAUACUAUUGCUUAUGUACUAGAGAAGUACAUUAUUGCUGUACUCCUCUGUACAUUACCGAUCCCUGAUGGCAUAUUUCUAUCCUAACAGUGUCCCUUUGCAGAUCAAACUUUAUUCUGAAGAAUAAACCUAGCUGGCAUGCUGGUGUGUACCUGUAGUCCUAGCUAUUUGGGAAGCUGAGGUGGGAGGGUCGCUUGAGCCCAGGAGUUUGAGGCUGCAGUGAGCUAUGAUUGUGCCACUGUACUCCAGCCUGGGAGAUAGAGCAAGACUCCAUCUCUAAAAAAAAAAAAAAAAAAAGCUAAUGUGAGAAUAUAAAUUGUGGGAAAUGAGUGAGGGCAAGGUGGUACUUCCUCCUUCUGAGCUCUUCACACGUAAUGCAAAAACCCGGUCUUAAUUGAUUUUGUUUUUUUUCUGAGUAUGCAUAUAUGUGGUUGAAUGAACCAAUGUGUGAUUGUAUCUUUUCCAUUCUGUGACUGUUUGACCUGCAUAUUAAUUUCAAGAUAGCAGUCAAUUUGAUAAGGCAUUUUCAUAGAGGAAAGUUUAUAGAAACAGUUUAUGUGGUUGGAUCACCAAAUUAUCUUAGGUACUAAGGCCUCAAAAAUAAGAAAAACUUUAUUAUUUCUCCUCAGUAGAGUUUGGACAUACAUAAGGAGAGAAGGUACAGUGAUGAAGGAGACCAUAAUUCUGUAGUGUUGAUGAUCCUGGAUUAUAAUCUUUUUCUCUUUAUCUUUCAUAGUUUUUUUUAAAAACAUGGACUGUAUCUUAUCUACCACUAUAUCCCAAAUACCUAAGAUAGUGCUUACAUUCAGUGACUAUUAAAUAAAUAAAUGGAUGAAUUAAAAAGUAAGAAUGAAAACUGUUCAUUCUAGUUAUUUCUGUUAGCCCAUAAAUUAGAGGAAUUGAAGAUGAGAAAAACAGUAUAUCCUAAUCCUCCCUAACUCACCAAUAUGAGUCUUCAGUAGCUAACUCUACAAAGGCAAAGGGCCAGUUAAUCUGGAUACAAUGCUCAUAGAAGGAAGUCAUGGAAACAAGCUCCCAUCCCCUAGUGAUCUCUUCCCUUUGGUUCUGGUGCAGGAAGUAUCCCUUAGUUAUGGAUAUUUUGGUAGUGACUCUCAAUUAAGGAUGUAAUGAUAGCGAUUCCAUGUGGGCCAUGGCUUGGCUACUACAGGGUGCACAAUUUCAUUUACUUAUUGAAAGAUAAGAAAAGGAGAACUACAGUCGGGUCUUAAAUUCUCAUCUGAGCAGGCAGAUGUGUGCAGACCUCCUCUGUGACUAGGGUUCAGGCCUUUUAUAAGGAUUCAUCCACCUAUUGUCAGAAUUGGGUGUAGUUCUUCACUGCUUUGUCUCCCUUAAGGUUGUUACGAGAGAAGUAACAGUUUACUUCCUGGUUGCUUAUUUAUUCCUUAUAUUAUUUAUGAAGGGCUGGGGUCAGUUAGUAACUCAAUUCUUGUACCUUACCUAGUGAAAUAAAGUUUGGUAAAACUAGAAACUAACAUUUUUUGAUUAGCACUUACAUUGCACAGUGGACUCCUUUGAUGAACAUUAUACAUUAAACAUAUCUGGGACAUUCAGUGUUUGGAAUAGGACAUUUAUUAAAGAUAAUAACAGAGCAGUCACAAAAUUAAAAUGAAGAAAAUCCAGGAACACACAGGAGGAGGUGGAGCAAGAACAAGAAGCCUCCACUGAUUUUUCCCCCGCAGGAAUACAAAUGGAACAAUUAUCCGCACAAGAAAGCACCUUCAUAAGAACCAAAAAUCAGAUGAGCAGUCACAGUACCUGGUUUUAACAUCAUAUCAACAAAAGAGGCACUGACGAGGACAGGAGAGACAGUCUUGAUUUGCCAAUGCCACCCCUUCCCCAUCUCCCAGCGGCACAGUGUGGUGUGGAGAGAGAGUCUGUGCUUCGGGGAGGAAGAGUGCUGUGAUUAUGGGACUUUGCAGUGGAACUCGGUGCAGCUCUGUCAAAGCAGAUAGCGACAUGGGACAGAAUUCAGCCAGUGCCCACGGAGGGAGCAUUUAGACCAGCCCUAGCCACAGGGGAAUGGCCCAUCCCGGUGGUCGGAACCUGAGUUUCUGCUAGUCCCACCACUGCGGCUAAAACACUCUGGGAUCCUAAAUAAACUUGAAAGGCAAUCUAGGCUACAAGGACCACAGUUCCUGGGCAAGUCCUGGUGCUAUGCUAGGCUCAGAGCCGGUGGACUUGGAGGGAAUGUGACCUAGUGAGACACCAGCUGGGUGGCCAAGGGAGUGCUUGUGUAACCCCUCCUCCGACCCCAGGCAGUGGAGCUUGCAGCUCUGGGAGAGACUCCUUCCUUCCACCUGAGGAGAGGAGAUGGAAGAGAAAGAGGACUUUGUCCUGCAAUUUGGAUACAGCUCAGCUACAGAAGGAUAGGGCACCACCACGCAGAGUCCUAAGGUCCCUAUUCUGGGACCUAGUUUCUGGAUGAUAUUUUAAGACCCACUCUGGACCAGAAAGGAAUGUGCUGCCUUGAAAGGAAGGACCUAGUCCAGGCAGGAUUCAUCACCUGCUGACUAAAGAGCCCUUUGGCCCUGAAUAAUCAGCAGCAGUACCCAGGCAGUGUUUGCCAUAGGUAUUGGGUGAGAUCCAGUGCCAUGCGGCUUCCAGUGUGACCCAGCACAUUGUUAGCUAUGGUAGCCAUGGGGAGAGACUUCUUCUGCUUGAGGAAAUUAGAGGGAGUUUGGACAUAGAUAAGGGGAGAUUUAACCCAAGAUUAACGGGGACUCUGUCUUGCAGCUUAGGUAUUAGCUUGGCUACAGUGGGAUAGAGCACCAAGUAAGCACCUGGGGUCCUUGAUUCCAGGCUCCUGGACAGCAUUUCUGGACCUGCCCUGAGUCAGAGGGGAGGGAGCCCAUUGCCCUGAAGGUAGAGACCCAGGCCUGGCAGCAUUCACCAUAAGCUUACUGAAGAGCCCUUGGGCCUUGAGGGAACAUCAGUGAUAGCCAGGUAGUGGUUACCACAAGCCUUGGGCGAGACCCAGUGCUAUGCUGGCUUCAGGUCUGACCUAGUGCACUCCAAGUUGUGGUGGCCACUAGGGUACUUGUGUCACUAUUCCCCAAGCUCCAGAUAGCUCAGUAUGGAGAGAGAGACUCCAUUUCUUUGAGGAAAAGUAACAGAAGAUAACAAGAGGCUCUGCCUGGUAAUCUAGUAAAUUCUUCUGUAUCAUACCCAAGACCACCAAGGUGGUACUUCUAUAAGUCUGCAAGAGUCACAGUGUUACUGGGUUUGUGGUGCUUCCUAAUGCAGAUAUAGCUGCAGUGGCCAAAGACUUAGAUCACAACACUCAAUUCCCUUUGAAUGCUUGGAGAGUUUUCCCAAGAAGGAUGGGUACAAACAAACCCAGACUGCAAAGACUAUAAUAAAAACCUAACUCUUUAAUGACCAGACACAAAUAAACAUCCACAAACAUCAAGACCAUCGAGGAAAACAUGACCUCAACAAAUGAACUAAAUAAGGCACCAAUGACCAAUGCCAGAAUGCAGAGAUAUGUGACCAUUCAGACAGAGAAUGUGAAAUAGCUGUUUAGAGGAAGCUCAAUGAAAUUCAAGAUAACUGUGUUAGUCUGUUUUCAUCCUUCUGAUAAAGACAUACCUGAGACUGGGCAAUUUACUAAAAAAAAAAAGAGGUUUAGUGGACUCACAGUUCCACGUGGCCAGAGAGGCCUCACAAUUAUGGUAGAAGGUGAGAGGCACAUCUCACGUGGCAGCAGACAAGAGAAGAGAACUUGUGCGGGAAACUCCCCUUCAUAAGACCAUCAGAUCUCAUGAGACUUAUUCACUAUAAUGAGAAUAGCAUGGGAAAGACCCAACCCCAUGAUUCAAUUACCUCCCACCAGGUACCUCCCACCAGGUCCCUCCCACAACAUGUGGGAAUUGUGGGAGCUAUAAUUCAAGAUGAGAUUUGGGUGGGGCAUAGCCAAACCACAUCAAUAACAUAGAGAAGGAAUUCAGAAUCCUAUCAGAAAAACUUAACAAAGAGAACAAAAAUUUAACAAAAAUAAGUUUGAAAAAUCAAGCAGAAAUUCUAAAGCUGAAAAAUUCAGUUGACUUACUGAAGAAUGCAUCAGAGUCUCUCAACAGCAGAACUGAUCAGUUAGAAGAAGGAAUUAGUGAGCUCAAAGACAGGUUGUUUGAAAAUAUACAGGCAGAGGAGACAACAGAAAAAAGAAUAGAAAAGAAUGAAACAUGCCUACAAGAUGGAGAAAAUAGCCUCAAAAGGCCAAAUCUAAUUGUUUUGACCUUAAAGAGGAGGUAGAGACAGAGACUGGGGUAGAAAGUUUAUUCAAAGGGAUAAUAACAGGGAACUCUCCAAACCUAGAGAAAGAUAUCAAUAUUCAAGCACAAGAAGGUUAUAGAACACCAAGUAGACUUAACUCAAAUAAGACUACAUUUAAUAAUUGAACUUCCAAAGGUCAAGGAUAAAGAAAGGAUCCUAAAAGCAGCAAGAAAAAAGAAACAAAUAACAUACAAAGGAGCUCCAGUAUGUCUGACAGCAGACUUCUCAGUGGAAACCUUACAGGUCAGGAGAGAGUGGCAUGAUAUAUUUAAAGUGCUGAAGGAAAAAAAACUUUUACCCUAGAGUAAUGUAUCCAGUGAAAAUAUCCUUCAAACAUGAGGGGGAAAUAAUGACUUUCCCAAACAAACAAAAGCAGAAGGAUUUAGUCAACACUAGACCUGUUGUAUAAGAAAUGCUAAAGGGGGUUCUUCAAUCUGAAAGAAAAGAACAUAAGAUGCAAUAAGAAAUCAUCUGAAGGUACAAAACUCACUGGUAAUAGUAAGUACACAGACAAACAGAAUAUUAUAACACUGUAAUUGUGAUGCAUAAACUACUCAUAUCUUGAGUAGAAAGACUAAAAGAUUAACCAAAAAAAAAUAACUACCACAACUUUUUAAGACAUGGACAGUACAAUAACAUAAAUAGAAACAACAAAAAGUUAAAAAGUGGUGGCAUGAAGUUAAAGUGUAGAGUUUUUAUUCGUUUUCUCUUUGCUUCUUUGUUUAUUCAAUCAGUGUUAAGUUGUCAUCAGUUUAAAAUAAUGGGUUAUAAGAUAUUAUUUGCAAGCCUUAUGGUAACCUCAAAUAAAAAAACAUACAACAGAUACACAAAAAAUAAAAAGCAAGAAAUUAAAACAUACCACCAGAGAAAAUCACCUUCACUAAGAGGAAAACAGGAAGGAAGGGAAGAAGGAAGAGAAGACCGCAAAACAACAAGAAGACAUAUAACAAAAUGGGAGGAGUAUGUUUUAUCAAUAACAAUAUUGAAUGUAAGUGAACUAAACUCUCCAAUCAAAAGACAUAGAGUGGCUGAAUGGAUAAAAACACAAGACCCAACAAUCUGUCACCUACAAGAAACACAUUUCACUUGUAAAAACACAAGUAGACUGAAAAUAAAGGGAGGGAAAAAGAUGUUCCAUGCCAAUGGAGACCAAAAAGAGCAGGACUGGCUCUAUUUACAUCGGACAAAAUAGAUUUCAAGAUAAAAAUUAUAAAAAGAGACAAGGUCUCUUUGACCUUAUGAUAAAGAUGUCAAUUCAGCAAGAGGAUAUAACAAUUAAUUGUAAAUAAAUAUGCACCUGACACUGGAGCACCCAGAUAUAUAAAGCAAAUAUCAGAGCUAAAGAAAGAGAUAGACCCCCGUGCAAUAAUAGCUGAAGAUUUCAACACCCCACUCUCAGCGUUAGACAUAUCAUCCAGACAGAACAUCAACAAAGAAACAUCGGACUUAAUCUGUCCUAUAGACCAAGUGGACCUAAUAGAUAUUUACAGAACAUUUCAUCUAAUGGCUGCAGAAUAUGCGUUCUUCUCCUCAGCAUAUGGAUCAUUCUCAAGGAUAGAUCAUAUGUUUGGUCACAAAACAAGUCUUUAAAAGUUCAAAAAAAUUGAAAUCAUGUCAAUUAUCUUCUCUGACUAUAAUGGAAAAAAACUAGAAGUCAGUAACAAGAGGAACUUUGAAAACUAUAUAAACACAUGGAAAUUAAACAGUAUGUUACUGAAUGACAGGUGAGCCAAUGAAGAAAUUAAGAAGGAAGUUAAAAAACUUCUGAAAAUAAAUGAUAAUGGAAACAUAAUACCAAAAUCUAUGGGAUACAGUGAAAGCAGUACUAACAGGAAAGUUUAUACCUAAAACCACCACAUAAAAAAGUAAAAAUGCCUCCAAUAAACAAUUUAACAAUGUGUCUUAACUGGAAAAGCAAGAGCAAAUCAAAAUUAGUAGAAGAAAAGAAAUAAUAAAGAUCAGAGGAGAAGUAAAUGAAAUUGACAUGAAAAAAGAUACAAAAGGUCAAUGAAACCACAAGUUGGUUUUUUUGAAAAGAUAAAAUCAGCAAACCUUUAGCCAUACUACGUAAGAAAAAAAGAGAGACGAUCCAAAUGAGUAAAAUCAGAGAUAAAAAAAGGAGACAUUACAACCAAUACAGCAGAAAUUCAAAGGAUGAUUAGAGGCUACUGCAAGCAACUAUAUGCCAAUAAAUUGAAAAACCUAGAAGAAAUGGAUAAAUUCCUAGACAGAUACAACCUACCAAGAUUGAACCGUGAAGAAAUUCAAAACUUGAGCAAACCAAUAACAAGUAAUGAGGUUGAAGCUGUAACAAAAUGUCUCCUGGGAAAAUAAAGCCCAGGACCCAGUGGCUUCACUGCUGAAAUUUCCCAAACAUUUAGAGAAGAACUAAUACCAAUCCUACUCAAAUUAUUUUAUUUUAUUUUAUUUUGAGACAGUAUCUUGCUUUGUUGCCCAGGCUGGAGUGCAGUGGCACGAUCUCGGCCCACUACAACCUCUGCCUCCUGGGUUCAAGUGAUUCCUCAUGCCUUGGCCUCCUGUGUAGCUCAGAUUACAGGUGUGCGUCACCACACCUGGCUAAUUUUUUCAUUUUUAGUAGAGAUGGGGUUUCACUAUGUUGGCCAGACUGAUCUUGAACUCUUGACUGCAAGUGAUCCACCUGCCUCAGCCUCCCAAAGUGCUGGUAUUACAGGCGCGAAGCACUGUGCCCAGCCCUCAAACUAUUUUCAAAAAUAGAAGAGGAGGGAAUGCUUCCAAACUCAUUCUAUGAGGCCAGUAUUACCCUGAUACAAAACCAAAGACACAUUUUAAGAAAUUUCAAACAGGGAGGCCAAGGCAGGCAGAUCACAAGGUCGGGAGUUCAAGACCAGCCUGACCAACAUGGCAAAACCUUGUCUCUACUAAAAAUACAAAAAAUAGCCAGGCGUGGUGGUGGGCAUCUGUAAUCCCAGCUACUCGGGAAGCUGAGACAGGAGAAUCACUUGAACCUGGGAGGUGAAGGUUGCAGUGAGCCGAGAUCAUGCCAUUGCACUCCAGCCAGGGCAACAAGAGCGAAACUCCAUCUCAAAAAAAAAAAAAAAGAAAGAAAAGAAAAAAAAAUCCCAAACAAACAAACCCAAAUGUCAAUAUCCCUGAUAGACAUUGAUGUAAAAAUUUCCUACAAAAUAUUGGCAAACUGGGUUCAACAACACAUUAAAAAGAUCAUUCAUUAUGACAAAAUGGGAUUUAUCCCAGGGAUGCAAGGAUGGUUCAACAUGCACAUAUCAAUCAAUGUGAUACAUCAUAUCAACAGAAUGAAGAACAAAAACCAUGUGAUUAUUUCAAUUGAUGCUGAAAAUGCAUUUGAUAAAAUUCAACAUCCUUUCAUGAUAAAAACAGUAAAAAAUUGGGUAUACAAAGACAUACCUCAACACAAUAAAAGCCGUAUAUGAGACAGACCCACAGGUAGUAUUAUAUGUAAUGGGGAAAACCUGAAAUUGUCUCCUUUAAGAUCUGGAACAUGACAAGGAUGCCCAUUUUCACCACCGUUAUUCAAUAUAGUACUGGAUGUCCUAGCUAGAGCAAUCAGACAAGAGAAAGGAAUGAAGGUCAUUCACAUUGGAAAGGAAGAAGUCAAAUCAUUCUUGUUUGUAGAUGAUGUGAUAUUGUAUUUGCAAAUACCUAAAGAGUUCACCAAAAAACUAUUAAAACUGAUUAACAAAUUCAGUGAAGUUGCAGGAUACAAAAUCAACCUACAAAAAGUCAGUAGCAUUUCCAUAUACCAACAGUGAACAAUCUGAAAAAGAAAUCAAGAAAGUAAUCCUAUUUACAAUAGCUACAAAUAAAAUAAAAUUACUAAGAAUUAACAAAAGAAGUGAAAACCAUACAGUGAAAACUGUAAGACAUUGAUGCAAGAAAUUGAAGAGAACACAAAAACAGUAGAAGGAUAUUCCAUGUUUAUUGAUUGGAAAAAUCAACACUGUUAAAAUGCCCAUAGUACCUAAAGCAUCAGAUCAGAUUUAAUACAAUUCCUAUCAAAAUACCAAUGACAUUCUUCACAGAAAUAGAAAAAGUAAUCCUAAAAUUUAUAUGGAACCACAAACCCAGAAUAGCCAAAGCCAUCCUGAGCAAAAAAAACAAAAACAAAAACAAAACUAGAGGAAUCAUAUUACCUGAUUUCAAAUUAUAUUACAGAGCUAUAGUAACUAGAACAGCAUGGCACUGGCAUUAAAAACGAUACAUAGACCAAUGGAACAGAAUAGAGAACUCAUAAGUAAAUCCAUACAUUUACAGUGAACUCAUUUUCAACAAAGGUGUGAAGAAUAAACACUGGGGAAAGGACAGUUUCUUCAAUAAAUAGUGCUGAGAAAACUGGAUAUUCAUAUGCAGAAGUAUGAAACUAGACCUUUCUGAGGCUGAGGUGGGAGAUCAUUUGAGCUCAGGAGUUUGAGACCAGCCUGGGCAACAUAGCGAGGCCUCAUCUCUAUUUAAAAGAAAGAAAGAAAGAGAGAGAGAGAGACAGAGAGAGAGAGAAAGAAAGAAACUAGACCCUCCUCUCUCUUGAUAUACAAAAAUUAAAUAAAAUUGGAUUAACAACUUAAAUAUAAGACUUCAAAUUAUGAAACUACUAAAAGAAAACAUUGAGGAAACUCUCUAGGACAUUGGUCUGAGCAAAGAUUUCUUGAGUAAUACCCCACAAGCACAGGCAACCAAAGCAAAAAUGAAUAAAUAGGAUAGCAUCCAGUUAAAAACUUCUACCCAGCAAAGGAAACAAAGUGAAGAGAUAACUUAUGGAAUGGGAGGAAACAUUUGCAAACUAUCCAUCUGACAAGGGAUUAAUAACCAGAAUAUAUAAGGAGCUCAAACAACUCAACAGGAAAAAAAUCUAAUAAUACAAUUUAAAAAUGGGCAAAAGAUCCAAAUGGACAUUUUUCAAAAGAAGACAUUGCAAUGGCAAACAGGUAUAUGAAAAGGUACUCAACAUCACUGAUCAUCAGAGAAAUGCAAGUCAAAACUACAAUAUUGUCUCAUCCCAGUUAAAAUGGAUUUUAUCCAAAAGAUAGGCAAUGACAAAUGAUGGUAAGGAUGUGGAGAAAAGGGAACCCUCAUACAUUGUUGGUUGGAGUGUAAAUUAAUACAACCACUGUGGACAACAAUAUGGAGUUUCCUCAAAAAACUGAAAAUAGAACUAUCAUAUGAUCCAGCAAUACCACUGCUAAGUAUAUACACAAAAGAAACGAAAUCAGUAUAUUAAGGAGAUAUCUGCACUCCCAUGUUUAUUGCAGCACUAUUCACAAUAGCCAAGAUUUGUCAGCAAUCUAAGUGUCAAUGAAUAGAAGAAUGGAUAAAGAAAAAUGUGGUACAUAUACGUGAGGGAGUACUACUCAGCCAUAAAAAGAAUGAGAUCCUGGCUGGGCACGGUGGCUCAUGCCUGUAAUCCUGGCACUUUGGGAGGCUAGGGAGGGAGGAUCACAAGGUUGGGAUAUCAAGACCAUCAUGGACAACAUGGUGAAAUCCCAUCUCUACUAAUAAUACAAAAAAAUUAGCUGGGCCUGGUGGCGCACGCCUGUAGUUCCAGCUACUUGGGAGGCUGAGGCAGAAGAAUCACUUGAACCCAGGAGACGGAGGUUGCAGUGGGCCAAGAUCGCGCCACUGCGCUCCAGCCUGGGCAACAGAGCGAGACUCCAUCUCAAAAAAAAAAAAAAGAGAUCCUGUCAUAUGUAACGACAUGGAUGGGACUGGGGGAUAUUAUGUUAAAUGAAUUAAGUCAGGGACAGAAAGACAUACUUUGUGUGUUUCCACUCAAAGUUGUGGGUGCUAAAAAUUAAAACAAUUGAAUUCAUGGAUAUAGAGAGUCAAAUGAUGGCUACCCGAAGCUGGGAAGGGUAGUGUGUAGGGGGAGUGGGAAGUGGGGAUGAUUAAUGGGUGUAAAGAUAGACAGAAUGAAUAAGAUCCAGUAUUUGAUAGCACAACAAGAUGAUUACGGUCAACAAUAAUUUAUUAUACAUUUAAAAAUAACUAAAUGUAUAAUUGGAAUGUUUGUAACACAAGGCAAUGAUAGAUGCUUGAGAUGAUGGAUACGCAAUUUACCCUGAUGUGAUCAUUAUGCGUUGUAUGCCUGUAUCAAAAUAUCUCAUGUACCCUAUACACAUACACAUCUACUAUGUACCCAUACAAAUUAAAAACUUUUUUUUUUUUUUUUUGGCCAGGCAUGGUGGCUCACACCUGUGAUCUCAGCACUUAGGGAAGCCAAGGCAGGCAGAUUAUUUGAUAUCAGGAGUUUGAGACCAGCCUGGCCAAUGUGGUGAAACCCUGUCUCUACUAAAAUACAAAAAUUAGCCAGGUGUGGGUGUGCACACCUUUAAUCCCAGCUACUUGGGGGGCUGAGGUGGUAGGAUUGGUUGAACCUGGGAGGCGGAGGUUGCAGUGAGCCGAGAUUGCACCACUGCCCUUCAGCCUGGGUGGCAGAGUGAGACCCUGUCUUAAAAAAAAAAAAAAAUUAAAUGAAGGAAAUCCAGAGAGGAGAAGAAACUCUGCAGGGACCACAGCUAUAUGGUAUCUGAGGUUUCUAUGGGAAAACUGAAAAUAACAAGACUGUAUAAUCCUUGUAUAAUGCAGCAAAAGCUUAGACUCUUGUUCAUUUCAUUUUUUUUGUUAUUUCAUUGCACUUUAAUAAAUUUUUUUUGGAUCUCAGGUACAGCGAUUAGAGUUAAUCAGAAUCUGUGCAUCGCUGUCUUCCUCAGUUCAUAUAUGUCUCUCUCACAUUCAAUUUUCCCCACUUCUGUUCACCUUUCCUUCACAGGAACAUCCUUUGGUGUUUGAUAUAUUUGUUGUACAUGUUUUUAUCCUUAUAAAAAUAUGUGGUUUUCUUCUUUAUUUGUUUCAUAUUUAAUUAAAUGAUUUUUAGGCUCUACCUCACUGCUUCACCUUUUCUGCUGGCGUCAUGAGUUGAGCUCUGUUCACUUGCUCUGUGUGCACGUGUUGCAUCCUUUCAGCAGCUGCAGUCUCCAGCUUUUAUUUUUCAUUGUCUUAAUGAAGGACCCUAGCCUGUUCAUUCUCUUAAUGAAGGACCCUAGCUUGCCUUUAUUCCUCACUGUCAUAAACAAUGAUAGGAUGAAUAUGUUCUCUUAUAUAUCCGUACUCCCAUCUUCCCCACCUCAGGAAAUGGCUCUACCAUCUACUCAGUUGUUUAAAUACCAAACUGAAGAAAUUUCUGAUUUCUUCCUUUAAAAAGAAAAUACAAAUAGAGAUGGGGGUCUCACUGUGUUGCCCAGGCUGGUCUGGAACUCCUGGGCUUACACAAUCCUCUUGCCUUCGUGUCCCAAAGUGCUGGGAUUAUAGGUGAAAGCCACCAUGCCCAGCCCUUCCUUUUUUACUCACUGCAUCAGAAAACUUUCUUGUCUCUGUUACCAAAGUGUAUUCUAAAUCUCACUCUUUUCCUCCAUUCCCACUUUUCAACUCUUUCCAAGCUACUGUUGUUGUUCACCUAGGUUACUGUGACAGAUUCUUAAUCAUUCUUUGUAUACAUAUAUAUAUAUACACACACACAUACAUACAUAUAUAAAAUUUUAGGGAUGGGGUCUUGCUGUGUUGCCCAAGUCUUGAACUCCUGGGCUCAAGUGAUCCUCCUGCCUUGGCCUCCUGAGUCUCUGGGAUUAUAGGCACGAACCACAAUGCCUGGCACUUCUUCCUUUAAAAAAUAACUUGAUUAAGGUACAAUUGACAUACAAUAAGUGGGAUAUAUUUAAAGAGUAAAAUUUGAUAAGUUUUGAUAGGUGUAUAUAUCCAUGAAAUCACCACCACAAUCAGCAGAGUGAAUAUAUCAAUUUCUCACAAAAGUUGCCACAUGACUUUUCAUAAUUCCUCUCCCUUUCCUCCCUGUCCCCUCAACACUCAUAACCCCCGGAAUUCCCAAUCUACUUUCUGUCACUAUAUAUCAGACAGCAUCUUCUAGAGUUUUACAGUACAUAGAGUUUUAUAGAAUCAUAUAGUAUGUACUUUUUUUUCUGGCUUCUUUCA